AAUAUUUUUAGAUCAAUUGUUUGAAACUUGAGCUCACGCGGACAAGCAUUCAGAGGUUCCGUUUUAGGUCUCUGCGGACAUAGAAUAGAGAAUUACGGUGGCCCACAGGUGUCACGGCACACACAAAACUUCUCACGGCACACACAAAACUUCUCACGGCACACACAAAACUUCUCACGGCACGCACAAAAUCUCACGGCACAAGAGCAGUAUUCGAAGAGACUGGGACUGAUAAACAUAAAUGAAAUAUGGCGGAAAACGAAGGCGAAAGUUCUUCUGACGGCGGCAAAAAUAUCACUCUCAAAUAGGCUAUUUCAAAUACAUGCGAAUGUUUUCACGACCUCAAACAUGGAUGACUUAGAUGCUGAGGAAAAUGAAGAGUUUGACGAUGAAGAUAUAAUACGAUACUAUUUUUAUAGAGAUUUUACUUAUGAAGAAAUAAGAAGAUUUUUACAGAAAUACGACGACAUAGAAUUAAGCAUUAGCACUUUAAAGAGAAGAAUAAAGAAAUAUGGUCUAGGAAGAAGGCAAGUAGAAAUAUGGUCUACAAGACUGUAAGAGAGUCAAUACGAACUAUUGUUGAUGGUCAUGGCAGUCUUCAGGGUUAUAGGUCAGUUUUGCACACUCUACGACUUAAUGGCAUACAAGUACCUCGAGUAGCUGUUCAGGAGAUUUUGCGUGAAAUAUGUCCCGAAGGAACUGAACGAAGACGAGCACAUCGCUUGAAAAGAAGGGAAUACCGAAAUCCAGGCCCAAAUUAUGCUUGGCAUUGUGACGGCUAUGAUAAAAUGAAGCCUUUCGGAUUUCCAAUACAUGGUUGCAUUGAUGGGUGGAGUAGAAAGAUACUCUGGCUAAAAGUAACUAGAUCCAACAACCACCCAGGUGAUAUAGCCAGUUUUUAUUUAGAUGCUGUCGAACAUUUUGGUGGAUGUCCUGUUGAUCUGGUGACAGAUUUAGGCACUGAAAAUGGAAUAAUGGCAGCCAUUCAAUCAUUUUUCCGGGAUGUUGACAGCCAUCGUUAUGUCCCAUCUCCUAGAAAUCAAAGAAUCGAGUCGUGGUGGGGACUAUUCAGAAACUCGUGCUCAUCUUGGUGGAUAAACUAUUUUAAAGAUCUAGUGGAUCAAAGGAUAGUUGAUCUCUCAUCAGAGUUAGAUAUGGAGUGUCUUUGGUUUUGCUUUUCGGAUGUGAUAAAAAAGGUUUUAGACGAAGUGAAAGAGCAAUGGAACACCCAUUAUAUCAGAAAAUCACGUCAUGAUACUGUAAAAGGCAGACCUGACUCAUUGUAUUAUUUACCUGAGCAAUGUGAUGGUGGCAAUCACUUUUUACUGUCAGUUACUUCUACAGAAAUUCAUUAUGCUCGAUCACACAUAGUGGAAAGUGAAAAAAAACAUAUUCCAAGAAUAUUUCAACUACGUGUUACAAUCUUGUGA